AUGUCCAGCAUGCGAUCGUUUCUCCACAUCCGCGUCCCGCGGCCAAAGUCGCUCCUUGGAUUGAUCAGCCUUCAAACAGGCACGGAGUUCAUCUCUCUUAUGCUCGCCUUCAACAAGCUCACGGGGUUGUACGGUAUCCUCGCUAUCCUGACUGGCUUUGAACUUUCGCUUUUGCAACUCACGACCUACAUCUAUUCGAUUCUUGUCCUCGGUUUACUCGCGAUCCUUAUUCCACACAUAAAAAAACAAAGCCCGUUCGAGUGUCUGUCGUUGGCAUGGUUACAUAUAAUCGAUACGCUCAUUAACUGCGCAUGCACGACCUUCUUUGCCGUACAGUGGUACUUUAGCAGCGUAGCGGAGUCGGAUGUGCUCACGCAGCAACAUGGAGCCGGCGAACAGCUAAACGGCACGGCUCUGCCGUUCGUGUCGAGAGGGGCGUCGACAGUGUUGUAUAAGCGACUCCAGAAUCUUCAGGGCGGAGUGCCCGUUGCCAUGCCUCACGAUACGGCUUUCAGCUUCGUCCUCAUCACCGCCUUUACGCUUGUCCGGAUUUAUUUCAGCCUUAUCGUCGCAGCCUAUGCUCAGCAAGUCCUGAUUCGACACGUCGACCUUGAAAUGGAGAACGACAGGCCGCGGGCCAAGGACGCCAACGGACCCUUUGCGGUCGGUACCGACGAGGGCGAGGGCUGGAAAGGCAGGGUUGGGCGAGUUCUCGUUUCCCUGGGAAGGAGUUAUUGGCUCGAUUACAAGGACCAAGAGGAGUGGGCGAAAUCGAUGAACGAAAGAUUCCGAAAGUCGUCGACGUCCCUAGCCUCGGCCGAGGUUUGA